UUCAAAAAGGAAAAAAAAAAAGCAGAGGAGGGAUGGCUUCUUUUCUUUCUUUUCCCCCUCAAACCACCCCAACUUCUUUUCUUGCUGCUACUGCUUAGCAUCCUUUAUUCGAUUUCUCCCUCUUUCUUCGAACCCAUUGUUGACCUUAGUUCUUCAAAACUACUAAUUCUAGUUUCAUUUUUCUCUGGUCUUGAGUUCUCUUUGCUUGUCUUUCGCCUUUAGCUUUUCCAUUGUUGAACCACCAUCAACUGCUGGAUUCUCUGCCUGACUGUCUCCUUGUAUAGAUUUGUUACUGUGGCAUUUGUUCAUAUGAUAUAACCAGAAAGAGGCUUCUGAAGUCUUGCAAUUAACUUUCGCCAAGAGCUAACUGCUAACUCUGAUUCCUCCAUGAGUUAUUAAAAAUUUCCGGAUAUCCAUUUCAAAGAUUUCAACUUUCCACAUAAUAAUGACCUAGCAGUUGCUUGAAGGCAGCGAUCAAGAAAGCUCAAGAUCACGCUUUUUUUGUGAAAGUUUGAGCAAUUUGGGUUUUUGAUUCCAUGGGACAGUGUAAUGGAAAACCAAAUGAUUCCCUACAAACCUUCUCUAAAAUCCCCAGUAACAAAGAGGAGCCUUCAUUGAAUUCCCACUCCAGUAAAACACCGAAAUUCCCCUUUUACAGCCCAAGCCCACUUCUUCCCAGCGCUUUCAAGAACUCACCUGCUAACUCCAAUGUCAGUUCCACCCCUCUGCGUCUUCUCAAGAGGCCAUUUCCACCGCCUUCUCCAGCAAAACACAUACGGGCAUUGCUGGCUAGGAGACAUGGUUCAGUGAAGCCUAAUGAAGCCACAAUCCCCGAGUGCGAUGUGGGACUGGAUAAAAAAUUUGGGUUCUCCAAGAAUUUCGAAAGCCACUUUGAGCUUGGGGAAGAAAUGGGAAGGGGGCAUUUUGGGUAUACUUGUGCUGCUAAGGGAAAGAAAGGGAACUUGAAGGGCCAGGAGGUUGCAGUAAAAGUCAUCAAUAAAUUAAAGAUGACUACAGCAAUAGCCAUUGAAGAUGUCAGGAGAGAAGUCAAAAUAUUACGUGCUCUAAAGGGGCACAGAAACCUAAUACGGUUCUAUGAUGCAUACGAUGAUGAAGAAAAUGUCUAUAUAGUAAUGGAGUUAUGUAAAGGAGGGGAAUUACUUGACAGGAUACUUUCUAGAGGUGGCAAAUACUCGGAAGAAGACGCUAAAGUUGUUAUAGUGCAGAUUCUAAACGUAGUUUCAUAUUGUCAUCUUCAAGGAGUGGUUCACCGUGAUUUAAAGCCUGAGAAUUUUCUUUUCGCAUCAAAGGAUGAGCGUUCUCCUCUAAAGGCCAUUGACUUUGGACUUUCUGAUUAUGUGAGACCAGAUGAAAGGCUAAAUGAUAUUGUUGGAAGCGCAUAUUAUGUGGCACCUGAAGUUUUACACAGAUCAUAUGGAACAGAAGCUGACAUGUGGAGUGUAGGGGUUAUUGCUUAUAUACUUCUUUGUGGAAGCAGACCUUUCUGGGCCCGGUCAGAAUCAGGAAUCUUUAGGGCUGUCCUUAAGGCUGAUCCAAACUUUGAUGAAGCUCCUUGGCCCACAAUCUCUUCUGAAGCAAAAGACUUCGUUAAGAGAUUAUUAAACAAGAAUUACCGCAAGAGGCUAACCGCUGCUCAGGCUUUGUGUCAUCCUUGGGUAGAUGGUCAGCAUGAUGUGAGAAUUCCUCUGGAUGUGAUUGUAUUCAAGCAUGUAAAAGCCUACAUAUGCUCCACUUCUAUAAGGAAAGCUGCACUGAGGGCUCUUGCAAAGACACUGACGGUACCACAGUUAACUUAUUUCCGAGAACAAUUUACUUUGUUAGGGCCAAAUAAAAGUGGAUGUGUAUCUCUACCAAACUUCAAAUCGGCUAUGGCGAAAUCUGCCACUGAUGCCGUCAAGGACUCUGGGGUUUUGGAUUUUGUCAAUGCGGUUAGUUGUAUCCAUUAUAGAAAAAUGGAUUUUGAGGAAUUCUGUGGUGCUUCUCUAAGUGUUUAUCAGUUAGAAGGAGCGGAAAGGUGGGAAGAGCAUGCUCGACAAGGCUAUGAGUUUUUUGAAAAGGAUGGAAACAGGCCUAUUAUGAUUGAUGAACUUGCCUCUGAGCUCGGGCUUAGUCCUUCGGUUCCAAUUCAUGUAGUUCUGCAGGAUUGGAUCAGGCAUUCGGACGGAAUGCUCAGUUUCUUGGGGUUUGUUCGCCUUUUGCAUGGCAUUUCUGCGCGGGCCCUUCAAAAGGGUGGCUUUUAUGCGUAACUGGCCCCCAGUCACCACUCACCAUUAGUUAUAUCUCAUAGAUUUUUUUAAAUCCUGAGAAGCACAAACACAACACAUACUUAUUUUUUAGGAUCACAAGAAGCUGCAAUGACUUCCCUCACCUUUUCCGGUGUCUCUGUCUGUUUUUCUUUUUUCUUUUCUUUUCUUGAUUUCUUCAACUAUUAUGGAAGUCCAUGAGGGGUAUAGAAAUGUACAGAUCGAACAAUCGAUAAGAAAUACUACGUACAAAUUACAAAAUGUAUGUAGGGGGUGAGAAAAGAGAGCAGUGCUGACUGAAAUGAUGUUUGGUGCAUUCCUUGUGCACUAUAUAUUACAGAGUAUUAUUAUUAUGAUCAUUAUUAUUAUUAUUAUUAUUAUUAUUAUCAUUCUA